GUUAGAAGUUGCCCAGGUCCAACUCGGUCGUUGCCUGUGAUCCGGCGGAUUUUGCCGAAAGAUGAGGGUUUGAAGCAAAACGAGGAAUUUUUUCACGAUUUGGGUCUGUAUCUAAGCAGUUGACACCCAAAGCCGUUGCACGAAUGGCUGGUGCGGCUACGGCUUCGGGUUCCAAUGGAGCUCCUUGCCCGUAUUCGAGCCACACUCUAGAGAAAGUCGCCAAAACCAAAGCGACAUUGGAGAGUUUUUAUGCAUGUUUAGUUUCGCAGCAUUACGAACGAAAAAAUAGGUUGAAAUUAUUAGAGCAAUCCAUGACACAACAGGGAUUGUCUGAGGCAGAGAAAGAGGAAAGAAGAAAACUUCAUGCCCAAAAAGAGACUGAGUUUCUUCGACUAAAGAGAUCUAGAAUUGGGAAGGAGGAUUUCGAUUCUUUGAAAGUCAUAGGUCGUGGAGCAUUUGGUGAGGUUCGGCUUGUGCAGAAACAGGACACAGGACAUGUUUAUGCCAUGAAAAUACUUCGAAAAGCUGAUAUGUUGGAAAAAGAACAGGUGGCACAUGCACGAGCUGAGAGAGACAUUCUUGCAGAAGCUGAAAAUCAAUGGGUUGUAAAGAUGUACUACUCCUUUCAAGAUGACUAUUACCUGUUCCUGGUCAUGGAGUUUUUACCUGGGGGAGACUUGAUGACCUUGCUUAUGAAAAAGGAUACCUUUACUGAAGAAGAGACAAGGUUCUACAUUGCUGAGGCCCUUCUAGCGAUAGACUCUAUACACCAGCUUGGGUUUAUUCACAGAGAUAUCAAGCCAGAUAACUUAUUGCUUGAUAGUAGAGGUCACAUAAAGCUUGCAGAUUUUGGUUUGUGCACAGGCUUGAAAAAAGCUCAUAGAACAGAAUUCUAUCGAGACAUCUCACCAGCUGAUAUCAAGGAUUUCUCAAAUGGAGAUCCCCUAGAUUCUAAACGAAGAGCUGCCACUUGGAAAAGAAAUAGGAGACAACUGGCAUAUUCCACUGUUGGAACCCCAGACUACAUCGCGCCAGAAGUUUUUAUUCAACAAGGCUACACUAAAAGCUGUGACUUUUGGUCCUUGGGUGUUAUUAUGUAUGAAAUGUUGAUUGGUUAUCCACCCUUCUGUUCUGAGAGUCCUCAAGAGACGUAUAAGAAAGUAAUGAACUGGCGUGAAACACUGGUGUUCCCACCAGAAAUGCCAAUUUCUCCAAAUGCUAGAGACCUUAUAUCAAGAUUGUGUUGUAAUGCAGACGAGAGACUAAGCAAUAUUGAAGAUAUAAGGGCACAACCAUUUUUCAAAUAUGUUGAUUGGGAAAAUUUACGAGACAGGCCAGCAGCCCUUCCAAUUCAAGUCAAAUCAAUAGAUGACACUUCAAACUUUGAUGAGUUUCCUGAAACAGAUUUAGAUACAAAUUGGUUUAAUGACACAGCACAGAAAGAAACUAGUACUCAUAGCAAAGACUGGGUAUUUCUUAACUACACGUUCAAGAGGUUUGAGGGACUUACACAGAGAGGUGCAAGGUUACCAGCACUGUAGCUAACCACCUUUUAAAAGAAUUCACAUUUUGUAUAAUAUUUCUACAAUGAGUUCACGAAGCGGUAAUUUGUAAAUUGGGUUUUUGUUUAGCAGUACUGCUCAGAAUUUCUAGUAGAUAUUGUUUAGGUUAGAACAGUGGCACUGCUGAGAAAAAGUAAUGUGCACAUGUGAUUGGCAUACAGUAUGCAGGGUUGGGAUAAAAAACAACUUUCCCUUUUAAAGGCAUAUUUAUAAUUAUCUGUUUAAAAAGUUGGUUUCAUGGUUUUAAAACUCAGACAGGGAUUUGUUUAUGAGUUGACAAAGCAUUUAAGUCGUUAUUGGGAAAUGCUUGGCGAUCAACUGAUUGUUAAAAGAAAACAUUUUGUUGCAGGCCUGUAGCCAGGAUUUUGAGCAUGGGGAGGGGGGGGGAGGUGUUUAACCAUUUAGCUGACCAUUUUCCCUUAGGUAUCUCUUCCUAGCAUCCAGUGGUUCUUAAUUUUCCUUUAUUAGAGUUGUCCUUCCAGUAUAGUGGGAUUUUCUUCCGAAACCCCCCCCCCCCCCCCCUGGCUAUGGGCCUGUGUGGCAUUUUGUUUGAUAGAGUAGUACAGCAUGUUAGUCUCAUUUUCGAUGCACUGUCAUAAAAAAAUUCCAAAUCAAAUAAUGCCAGCUUUCAAAUAAGACCCUACAAGGCGACCAAAUAUUUCGUUAAAAUUACAGUGACAAAUGUGCUAGGCAUGUGUCGUUCACCUUUUUUGUAAAUAUAAGCCUAACAUAGCGUUCUAAAUUCAUAAAACAAUCCAUUACUAAAAAGGGGUCCAUUUUUUAAACAACACAUCUUACCCCACCAAUUGCUUUAAUUUACAUUAAAUAAAAUGGGGAAAAUAUA